AAUGAUAUAUAUUUAUAUAAUAUAUAUGGAAUGUUUAUUUAUUUUUAUGUACAUAAAAGAGGCUUACAUAGUACUUGUAACAUAAGUAAAUCAUGGCCCCUGGUAAUUCUCCCUUUCUUGCUCCUUUUAUGCACUUGCUUUUUAGGCCUGUAUAUGUGCUUUAACUUUUUUUUUUUUUUUUUUGGGAAACUGGCUGUUUAUCCUGUCUAUCCCAAGGCAAAUUUGGUAAAUAACCUUCUUCAACUCUGUCUUUUUUGAGAGAGAGAGAGAGAGAGAGAGAAGAAAAGAGACAGGAAGAGAGGGGUGGGGGAAAGAGAGGGAAAGAGCAUAUGCACACAAGUCUUAUGGUUUUAGGUAUCUUAUAUAGAUGGUACCUUCAUUUUACUUUGUUCAAAGAUGAAUUUAUUUUUUACCUUUUGUAGCUGGUACCAAUUCACCUGUGGCCUGGAGAACCUAAAUACACUGUGAGAAUUAUUUCUGCAGUCAGAAGGUCAGUUAAGAUAGGUCACUUAUAAGGUACACAGAAAUGUCCAAAGAGUGUUUACCAUUGUUAAUGAUUUUUGAAUUUCUAUCAUUUUAUAAUCUAGGAAGGAAGAUUGCAGACUACAUUACAUUAAAAGGUGUAGUAAAAUCUUGGUGAAACUCCCCCAAUACAAAUUGUGUUAAGGUGAACAUGAAAGAGUCAUUGGAUUGCUGGUAGAGAAGAGGCAAGAGGGAGUCAUCUGGGGUAUAAGAAAUGUUGUGUAUUGUAAUCUGAAUAAUGUUACUAUAAGUUUAAAUAUAUACUUAAAAGUAUAAACAUUUAUAUAUAUAAAUUAUUAAGCAGAACACUCAAGAUAUAUGUUCUUUAUGUAAGUAAUACUGUAAUUAAAACAAAAAUUCCCAAACACAGUUAACUUGUUUAACUCCUUUUCACCCAUUAAAUGAUACAGCUGCUCAUACAUCAGUAUAAAUCAGACGUUCCCUUUUAUUAUAUUUGAUAGGGUUUGAUAAAUUAAAUUUGAACAUUUCAGAAAUGUGAAGAUCAUGAUGACAUUUUAAGUAUGUGAUAUAAUUAAUAUUUGGUGUACUUUAUUUCCUGGCUUAGGAGCUGUGACUAAUGAGAAUCAAAGGCCAUGGAUGAAGAUGAACUUGAAUUGCAGCCACAAGAGCCAAACUCCUUUUUCGAUGGAAUAGAACACUUCACAUACAUUCCCAUUUUGAUCAUCACAACAGUCCUGUGAGGAACUGAUGCUACUACGCACAUGGAUGGUGAUCAGAUUGUUGUGGAAGUUCAAGAAACUGUUUUUGUUUCAGAUGUUGUGGAUUCUGAUAUAACUGUACAUAACUUUGUUCCUGAUGACCCAGACUCAGUUGUAAUCCAAGAUGUUAUUGAGGAUGUUGUUAUUGAGGAUGUUCAGUGUUCAGAUGUCUUAGAAGAAGCAGAUGUAUCUGAAAAUGUCAUCAUUCCUGAGCAAGUGCUAGGCUCAGAUGUAACUGAAGAAGUUUCUGUAGCACAUUGUACGGUCCCAGAUGAUGUUUUAGCUUCUGACCUAACUUCAGCUUCAAUAUCUAUGCCAGAACAUGUCUUAACAAGUGAAUCUAUACAUGUGUCUGAUGUUGGACAUGUUGAACAUAUGGUUCAUGAUAGUGUAGUAGAAGCAGAAAUCAUCACUGAUCCUCUGACAACGGACAUUGUUUCAGAAGAAGUAUUAGUAGCAGAUUGUGCCUCUGAAGCAGUCAUAGAUGCCAAUGGGAUCCCUGUGGACCAGCAAGAUGAUGACAAAAGCAACUGUGAAGACUACCUUAUGAUUUCCUUGGAUGAUGCUGGCAAAAUAGAACAUGAUGCUUCCUCUGGAAUGACCAUGGAUGUAGAGUCAGAAAUCGAUCCUUGUAAAGUGGAUGGCACUUGCCCUGAAGUUAUCAAGGUGUACAUUUUUAAAGCUGACCCUGGAGAGGAUGACUUAGGUGGCACUGUAGACAUUGUGGAGAGUGAGCCUGAGAAUGACCGUGAAGUUGAAUUACUUGAUCAAAAUAGCAGUAUUCGAGUACCAAGGGAAAAGAUGGUUUAUAUGACUGUCAAUGACUCUCAGCAAGAAGAUGAAGAUUUAAAUGUUGCUGAAAUUGCUGAUGAAGUUUAUAUGGAAGUGAUAGUAGGAGAGGAGGAUGCUGCAGUAGCAGCAGCAGCAGCAGCUGCUGUGCAUGAACAGCAAAUGGAUGACAAUGAAAUCAAAACCUUCAUGCCAAUAGCAUGGGCAGCAGCUUAUGGUAAUAAUUCUGAUGGCAUUGAAAACCGGAAUGGCACUGCAAGUGCCCUCUUGCACAUAGAUGAGUCUGCUGGGCUUGGCAGACUGGCUAAACAAAAACCAAAGAAAAGGAGAAGACCUGAUUCCAGGCAGUACCAAACAGCAAUAAUUAUUGGCCCUGAUGGACAUCCCUUAACUGUCUAUCCUUGCAUGAUUUGUGGGAAAAAAUUUAAGUCAAGAGGUUUUUUGAAAAGGCACAUGAAAAACCAUCCCGAACACAUUACCAAGAAGAAGUACCACUGUACUGACUGUGAUUACACUACCAACAAGAAGAUAAGUUUACACAACCACCUGGAGAGCCACAAGCUCACCAGCAAGGCCGAGAAGGCCAUCGAAUGUGAUGAGUGUGGGAAGCAUUUCUCUCAUGCUGGGGCUUUGUUUACUCACAAAAUGGUGCAUAAAGAAAAAGCCAACAAAAUGCACAAGUGUAAAUUCUGUGAAUAUGAGACAGCUGAACAAGGGUUAUUGAAUCGCCACCUUUUGGCGGUCCACAGCAAGAACUUUCCUCAUAUUUGUGUGGAGUGCGGUAAAGGUUUUCGUCACCCGUCAGAGCUCAAGAAGCACAUGCGAAUCCAUACUGGGGAGAAGCCGUACCAGUGCCAGUACUGCGAAUAUAGGUCUGCAGACUCUUCUAACCUGAAAACCCAUGUAAAAAGUAAGCAUAGUAAAGAGAUGCCAUUCAAGUGUGACAUCUGUCUUCUGACUUUCUCAGAUACCAAAGAGGUGCAGCAACAUGCUCUUAUCCACCAAGAAAGCAAAACACACCAGUGUUUGCACUGCGACCACAAGAGUUCGAACUCGAGCGACUUGAAACGACACAUAAUUUCAGUCCACACGAAAGACUACCCCCACAAGUGUGACAUGUGUGACAAGGGCUUUCACAGGCCUUCCGAACUCAAGAAACACGUGGCUGCCCACAAGGGUAAAAAAAUGCACCAGUGUAGACAUUGUGACUUUAAGAUUGCAGAUCCAUUUGUUCUAAGUCGCCAUAUUCUCUCAGUUCACACAAAAGAUCUUCCGUUUCGGUGUAAGAGAUGUAGAAAGGGAUUUAGGCAGCAAAAUGAGCUUAAAAAGCAUAUGAAGACACACAGUGGCAGGAAAGUGUACCAGUGUGAGUACUGUGAGUAUAGCACUACAGAUGCCUCAGGCUUUAAACGGCAUGUUAUCUCCAUUCAUACGAAAGACUAUCCUCACCGUUGUGAGUACUGCAAGAAGGGGUUCCGACGACCUUCAGAAAAGAACCAGCACAUAAUGCGACAUCAUAAGGAAGUUGGCCUGUCCUAAUAGUCCUUAUACAGACAUUUGUGGAGAUACUGGCCCUAAAGCAGAAAUCUCAUUUUAAAGCCAAUCAGUCUCAUUCACAUGCAAUACUGUAUAUCAAUUUAUGCUGUGUACAAAUAGAAUUAUUGCUUCUAGUCAACUUUUCUUUACAUUUUACUAAAUAGAGUGUUCUGGAUCCUAUUCAGUUUGUUCAGUGGCAAAAAAUAGCAACAAUGAAGUUGCUUUUAAAAAUGAAUCUCUGAUGUUGUACUUAACUUUUUCAGUCUUAGAAGUUUUACUAUUCAUAAAUAUUUAUUCACAUUGAUGGUACUCUUCUAAGACCACUUACAGAUUAAAAACACACAAUUGGUUAUUCAAAAAGUAAUUAUUUUCACUCAUUUUUCCCCAUAAAUUUUUUAGAUUAAAUACAAACAUCUACAAAUAGAAACAGAUUGUAUUCUUGGGUCUAAUCAUUACCUGAAAGUAAUUUCCUUGUCUUGCUUAAUGUUUUCAGACCACAUGACCGUGAAACUUUCCAUCUGAGUCUCUAGCAUUGCUAAAUACAGAACAUUUGCUAGUUUUAUGUUUAAUUUUCAUUUUAUUUAACUAGGCUUUCUUGUGACUUUCUC